CGCGCGUGCUGGAGAUGAAAUUAAAGCAUCUAAACGCGGAGAUGUCUGAGUCUCAAUCAACGCGCGGAACCACGGAGGCCAUGUGUUAGAAAAGCUUCUUAUUUUAGAGCUAGCUCACACUGCUAACGGAGGUUGCCGCCCACCGCGACUGGAAGUCACGAUAAACUACCGGCAAAUAGCCUUUUAAUUAACGGGUUCUAUUCUCUUACACUCGCGACCGAGGUGAUCCGUGGCUCCACUCGCCUCUGAACCCAGUUUCUCUGCUGGUAAACGGUGCAUCGCUGUGGUUUUCAAUUGUGAACACAGGGAUGACUUGACGACAGCAGCCUCUGACUUCCUCGACCUGUCUCUGCAUCACUGCAGCUCAGUCGGGUAAAACGACUCCUCCACAUCGCACCAUCUGUGUAGGGCUGACCCCCCCGACACAUCCUUCUAUCAAUCUGUGAGUGAACGGUGCUCGCGCCGCAGAAGAUCCUCUGCCAACGUCCUUCAACAAAGAGAGACGAUGUAUUGUCUACAAUGGCUGCUCCCCGUGCUGCUCAUCCCCAAGCCACUCAACCCGGCGCUGUGGUUCAACCACUCCAUGUUCAUGGGCUUCUACCUGCUCAGCUUCCUGCUGGAGAGGAAGCCCUGCACCAUCUGCGCCUUGGUCUUCCUCGCUGCCCUUUUCCUCAUCUGCUAUAGCUGCUGGGGAAACUGCUUCCUGUACCACUGCCAGGACACCGCGCUGCCGGACGCUGCCCACGACCCAGCCAUAGUCGGAACCUAGGAGGGAAUAGACGGGGAGAGAUAUCGGGGAGGGCUGGGAGGGGGGUGAUGGGGCUUGCUGGAGAAUUACUGUAGAAUGAUACUGCCAUGAUAUCAGAGGGGACGGACCCCACUUUUAGGGGUUGGAGGGUGGAGAGGAGGAGGCGCUGAAUGGAGGCUGGAGGGUUGUUCUGCUGAAAAAACUGAUACUGCCACAGAGGCUGGGGGGGGGGUUUGGUUUUUUUAUGCUGUCAAAAAACUGACUUAAAUCUGAGGUGGCCGGAGGAGAGGAGGGAGAAGCUACUUCGGAGGAGACGGCAGCGUGUUGACUUGAGGAGAGAAGAAUUUUAUUUUCUGAAUCUUUCAUUCCAGCAUUUGAAUGAAAACCAGACGAUAAUAACAAAUAUAUAUAUAAAUACACCACAGGUAUCAGAGGGGGUCAUUGUGGCCACUGGGUUUCAGUUGCCUGGUUCCUCUCUACUUCAACCAGAACUUCUCCAAAAACCUGCAGGGUCUUCGGCCUCAGUCCACCUGCCCCCGAGGAACUCUCCAGACGGAGCUCGGGCGAUUUGAGUUUUCACUCUCAGUCCUCGCAGUUGUCCGCAAGCUUUCUGUACCUGGUGGAGUCGGCCUGCCUCUCAGAGUCCAACCAUCCCAACUCUCUCUCUGCACACGGAAUGCUACCCUUCACAAGGAGAGCACACGGAACACUGGACAAUCAAUAACUAUGCUGUGAAUAAUUCCUCCUUUGCCGCAUUGCCACUCACACACACACACACGCACACACACACACAAACACACACGAAACUCAGACCACGUAAUAAUGCUGAGGAACUGUCCUGUCGUUAUUACCCAGCAGGCUCUGCAGCUGCUCCUCUCCGCUCAUCCUACUCCUCCCGCCUUCGAGGGAAAGUCCCCGAUCCACCAGACUUACCAUUGGAUCUUUAUUUGUUCUUUUUGCUGUUCUUCAUCGCGCAUGGGUUGACGUUAUUUUUUCUGUUUUGUGUAUUAAGUUCACACACAGAAUUUAGUGAGUUUAAACAAAAUGCCGAAAGUUUCCAAAGGGUGUACAAAUCUGUGUGUGUGUUUAGGGUGAAUGAAAGGUUUGUGUGUUGUGUGAUAGGUGUGUUGGGUUUUUCUCUGUGUGUGUGAUCAAGUCAUGCUGAUGUGCGCAAAAAACAACUUGUUGACGCAUGGAAACAAGCAGCAGGGGGCAGUAUUUCCAGCAAAAAUAAGCAAUACAGAGCACUGGCUGCGGAAAUUCCGUUGUUAUCGAAAAGUUUACUGGUGAUCAGAGCGUGUGUGUGUGUGUGUGUCACUGCUGAGUGUUAUGAUGCCCUGUCGGACACAGGCUACGGUGUUUACACUGUGUACCUAAUGGUGUGUGUGUGUGUGUGUAGCCUUGUGUAGUAGUGCACAUUAUGCUCACUGCUACCUGAUUGAUUUGGUUUUAAUUUAAAUAAAGUUUUUUCCUCUCAACAUG